UCGCCAUUGACCAUUCAAUCAACACCCCCGCGAAACCCCCUCCAAAUCAAAGAGCAAACCGACAAGGACCAAGGUUUCCCGAUAGUGCUAUGGGUUUACUCGGGGUAGCGGCGCUCGAACUCUCAUUAACAGACGGUUAAUUACGAUAGAUUUUAGCAGCAGGCGUGGAUUUCUCGUUGGCUGGCAAGAGUUGGCACAACUUCGCUUAACUCUUCAUCUCGCGGCAGGACCUUCCACACUCGCUCACAUGUGUGUGAGUACUCCCGAUAACAGUACCGAGUCGUCUAAAUCCGUCCAUACGUCGAAGCGCAGCUGCGGGGACCGCCCGGUCCGAUACGGCGAUGAAAGCCGAAGCUGGACCAACGACAGGCCGGCCCCUCCUUCACUCGCUCUCCACUCCUGCCCCGCCCCCGGUCACGACAUGUCGCAGGAUUGUUGGUAAUCCGAUGUAUUGAUAGAUAGUGCCUUGAGCACGGCUGUCAGUGUCCGAUAUAGGCUGCUGAGUAAUUCUCCUUGCUCGUGACUUCGGGAUGCUGCGGGUUUGGUGAGAUUGCGUGCUGGAGCAGAAAUGCUGCGUUGACGUGACGAGGAGUUGAAGGAGGGACUUG